CGAGGAGAAGCGGAGCUCGCGGUCAUGUGCUCUCACAAGAUGGCGACUCCAGUACAGGGAUACAGAUACAGAUACAGAGCUAUUUGGUGAAUUCGACAUUUUCUGCGUGGGAUAUCUCUCUGAAUGAGAGAGAGAGAGGGAGAACUUGCAGCUGCAGUGCAGAGCUUUGUCCAUCGGAAUUACAGCUCUAACAUGGCUAUCCAUGUCUUUGAUAAUGAUGAAUAUAGACCACCAGUAUGGAAAUCCUACUUAUAUCAGCUCCAGCAGGAGGCGCCACACCCACGCCGGGUCACUUGCACUUGUGAGGUUGAGAACAGACCAAAAUACUAUGGACGAGAGUACCAUGGCAUGAUCUCCAGAGAGGAGGCAGAUCACCUGCUGAGUGUGGCAGAAGGAAGUUACCUCAUUAGAGAAAGUCAGAGACAGCCUGGGACCUACACCUUAGCCUUACGCUUUGGCAAUCAAACCCGCAACUUCCGCCUGUAUUAUGAUGGGAAGCAUUUUGUGGGAGAAAAGCGCUUCGAGUCCAUUCAUGACCUGGUAACAGAUGGUCUCAUCACACUCUACAUUGAGACCAAAGCAGCGGAAUACAUUGCUAAGAUGACCAUCAACCCCAUCUAUGAGCAUGUGGGCUACACCACUCUGAACCGCGAGCCUGCGCUAAAGAAACCUGCACCCGUCACCAGAGACACACCUGACGGUAAAGAGCCACAUGGAGAGGACAGCGGCUUGGAGGAGAGACUCACAUCGCUGGUGAGACGGGCCACGCUGAAGGAGAAUGACCGCGCGCCCAAGUAUGAAAAAGUCCACAACUUUAAGGUGCACACGUUCAGAGGUCCACACUGGUGCGAAUACUGCGCUAACUUUAUGUGGGGGCUCAUUGCUCAGGGAGUCAAAUGUGCAGACUGUGGGUUGAAUGUUCAUAAGCAGUGCUCCAAAAUGGUGCCCAAUGACUGUAAGCCAGACCUGAAACAUGUGAAGAAAGUGUACAGCUGUGAUCUGACCACACUCGUCAAGGCCCAUAACUCCAAACGACCCAUGGUGGUGGACAUGUGCAUACGGGAGAUUGAAUCACGAGGUCUGAAGUCAGAAGGUCUCUACAGAGUGUCUGGCUUCAGUGAUUUAAUUGAAGAUGUGAAGUUAUCGUUUGACAGAGAUGGGGAGAAGGCAGAUAUCUCAGUGAAUGUGUAUGAAGACAUCAACAUCAUCACAGGGGCUCUUAAACUCUACUUCAGGGAUUUACCCAUUCCUGUUAUCACUUACGACGCAUACCCACGCUUCAUCGAGGCUGCAAAGCUAGCAGAGCCAGAUGAGCGUCUCGAGGCGCUGCACGAGGCUCUGAAGCUUUUGCCUCCUGCUCACUAUGAAACGCUGAGGUAUCUGAUGGCUCACUUAAAAAGGGUGACUCAGAAUGAGAAGGAUAACCUGAUGAAUGCAGAGAAUCUGGGAAUCGUAUUUGGCCCUACUCUGAUGCGAGCGCCAGACCUCGAUGCCAUGACUGCUCUGAAUGACAUCCGCUACCAGAGGCAGGUGGUGGAGUCUCUGAUAAAGAACGAAGAUAUCCUCUUCUAGCCUCAACUCCACUCUGCUGUCUAUAUGAAGGAACAUUUUUAUCACGGACUGCACUUCAGUGCUGUAUUGUUUCUUUUUGUGCAAAGACUUGAAUCUCAAAAUGAAGGACCCAUUGUAUAAUACAACUGUUUUUUUUCCACAUCUGGUGGACCAGUACUAACUGCUUAUCAUUCUGUUCUCCCCCGUUUAAUGGGUUUGGAUUACGUACCUUAAAUUUGCAUGUCUUCCUCCCCAUUUUUGUCGGGGGUUGUCUAAACAUGAGGGCGGGACUGUACAGAACGAGCGUCGUUUAUUUUGGGGUGGUUUCAGGGUUAUAAUGGGAUAGCCCUUAGCCUCCUCCCACAGCAUGUGGUAAAGCUCGUGAAAUGUGACGCGUCGUGACUGUGCUUUUAUUUUGUCCCGUGGAUGUACAGUAGUUCCCGCUUGCCAAAUGGGCCAUUUGGUUUUUGUGAGACAUUGUAAAUGUGAUAGAUUCCACUGAUUUUGGUGACACUUUACUUGGAAUGCUAAAAAUAAAGGCUGCAAUAUAUACAUGAGACACGCUUAUAAAAUCAGUGAGCAGUGUGAACAAUCUUCAGCUGAAGUGGUGUUUAGUGAUAUAAUAGCCAAUGCCUGGGUUUUUCUUAAGUUUUGGUUUAAUAUAUAUUUUUAAAUUAAUUUACUGGUUUGAUUACUGAUGUAUUCUUUUUAAUGGGCAAGUUCUUUAUCCCCAGCAUCUAAUAUUAAUGUUGCCUUUUUUUCAUUUUGAAUAUGUUGCGUGAUUUAUGAAUGUCCUGUAACAUAUUUAUGACUCUCCAAGUAAAGUGUCACCGUUAUUUUGUACCAACCUGUGAUUUACUUUUCUGAUCACUUCUCUCUGCCUACAAUUUGCCUUUACAUGCAGUACCUCUUCAGGUGAAUCUCCAGAGCCUCCUCAGCUCUAGUCAUGAAGACGAUUACAAUCCAGUUACUUCUCAGCGUCUAUUAUUGUAGUCAGGCCUUCAAAAAUCUCUUGCACUCUCAACAGAACUGGCUGAUGUUUUUUGGUUGUAAUGUUUUUGUAUUUGAUUUGUGCAUGAAUACAUUAAUUUAUUAAACUUCACUUUUAGAAA